UAAUUGCCGCUUUCAACUUCAUAUGCAUUGCGGAUUGAUUGAAAUAUAGAAAACUGUUGAGGUUGAUCUGUGACAGGUUGAGCUGAGGGAAAUGAACUUUUGGAUCAAAUGGACGGCGACAAAGCUAGUUUGGUGAGACAUUGAGUAAGGCCGCUUCACAGUCUUCAUGAGAGAUCUCAUCCAACAUUACCCAGGUACUGAUGUCAUGCAAUGAUUUGCAGAGCGUUUCUUCCUGAUAAUCCUGUGCUGCUUCCCCCCUGACCCAAGAAACUGACUGAACUUCACUGAAGUCACAAUGUAAAACUGAUUGCUGCAUUACCUGUGUGGAUGUGAGAGGUUUGCUGCCAACAUGGAUGACUCAGAAUCUUCUGGAGGUACGCAGCAGGUGUCUGAACUUCGCCUUGGAAGUCAAGCACCUCUUUCAGUGAACAUGGAUGUGGAGCAAAAAGAAUUGAAAAAUGAUAGUACAGUUUCGCAAAGCGAAUCUAUUUCUGCUCUCAGGGCAGCUUUGCAGACAGAAUCAAAAACAGAACCUGUCGCAAAUGAACCCAUUAAACCUGAUGUGAUACUGACAGAUCAACAAACAGGAUCAACUACAGGACCCACUGCAGAUGAGCAAAUGGAAUCUGAAGAAUCAAUCAUUGAUGAACAGGCCGAGUCUGAUCAACCACUCAUUGCUGAUGGGAAAGCAGACUCUGAUGUAGCUCACGUUGCAGAUGACCAGAUGGCCCAUGAUAAAGCACAAGUUGGGGACGAAGAGAUGGAAAUAAAUGAACCAUUUAUUGCAGAUAAACAAUCAGAGUCAGAUACAGCACGAAUCGUAGAUAACCCAACAGAAUCAGACUCUGAUGCAGCUCACAUUGCAGAUGACCAGAUGGCCCGUGAUAAAGCAGAAGUUGCAGAUGAAGAGAUGGAAAUGAAUGAACCCUUCAGUGCAGAUAAACAAUCAGAGUCAGAUACAGCACCCGUCGUAGAUAACCAAACAGCAUCAGAAUUACCAUACAUUGUAGAUGACCAGAACAAGUCUGAUUCAAUUCUCAUCAGAGAUGAGCACAUGGGAUCUGAUAAACUACUCAUUUUAGAUGAGGAUACAGAAUCUGAUGUAGAUGACGAGAUGGCCUAUGAUAAGGUGCCCAGUGCUGAUGAACAGGCCAAAUCUGAUACACCACUUAUUACAGAUGACCACAUAGAAUCUUUGAAAUCACUACCUGCAGAUAAUAAGACAGAAUCUUGUAGUACAUUGCCUGUUGUAGAAGAGCAGAUGGAAACUGAUGAACAAGUUAUUGCAGAUGAGCAGAUGAAAUCAAGCUGUGCACUCUUUGUAGAUGAGCCAACAAAACGUGCAAUCGCAACUAAUAUAGAUGAUCAGCUUAUAUCUGAUAUAUCCACAAUUGCAGUUGAGGAACAAGAAUCUGUUAUUGCACCUAUUGCCAAUGAGCAGAUGGAAACAUACGAACCAGCUGUUGAGACAAAAUCUGAUGAUUCUUCCAUUGUAUAUGAACCAACAGAUUCUUAUACGACACCCCUUGGAGACGAGCGUAGAGAAUAUGACACAGCACAUGUUUCAGAUUCAUCUCUUAAUGAGAGCAAGCAGACAAAAUCAGAUACAGAUGAGCAAAUAGGAGCUGAUGUGACCCAGAGUUUAGUUGAAUCUACAGAAUCAUACCAAACUCAUAAUGCAAAUGAGAAAAUGGGAUCUGACAAUGCUCCAAUUGCCACGAUUACCCUUGAGCGAACAGAAUCAGAUAAAAUUCCAAUUGCAGAUGAGAAAACAGCAUCUAAUGCAGAUAGGACAGACUUGAAUAUAGCACCUGUUUCCAAUGAUAUGGAUUCUUGUACAACUCCAGAUGCAAUUGGCAAAACAGAAUCACUUACAGCACCUGAUGUAGAUGAGCUAUGUGAACGCAGUGCGCCACCACCAAUAGCCGAUGAGCAUUCAAUAUCUGAAAGUGAACUUUGUGUAGAUGAGCCAGCACAAUCGGUUACAGCACUCAUAAUAGAUACGCCAAUGCAAUCAAAUACAACCCCCAUUGCAGAUGAAGAAACAGAAUCUAAUGCUGAUACUAGGACAGACUUGAAUAUACAUGUAGCACCUGUUUCCGAUGAGAUGGAAUCUUGUACAACUCCAGAUGCAAUUGACAAAACAGAAUCUCUUACAGCACCUGAUGUAGAUGAGCUAUGUGAACGCAGUGUAUCACCUGUAGCCGAUGAGCAUUCAAUAUCUGGAAGUGAACUAUUUGUAGAUGAGCCAGCACAAUCGGUUACAGCACUCAUUAAAGAUAAGCCAAUGCAACCAAAUACAACCCCCGCUGCAGAUGAAGAAACAGAAUCUCUUACAGCACCUGAUGUAGAUGAGCUAUGUGAACGCAGUGCAUCACCCAUUGCCGAUGAGCAUUCAAUAUCUGGAAGUGAACUCUUUGUAGAUGAUCAAGCACAAUCGGUUGCAGCACUCAUUAAAGAUACGCCAAUGCAAUCAAAUACAACCCCCAUUGCAGAUGAAGAAACAGAAUCUAUUACAGCACCCAUUUCAAAUGAGCAAAUGGAAACAGAAAGUGCCCCUGGUUCAGAUGAGCAGACACAAUAUAAUGCAUCACUCAUACCAGAUACACAGAACAGAUCUGAUGCAGCUAUGGUAGAUUCUCAGACAGAAUCUGAUGCAGCAGUGAUAGAUUCACAGACAGAAUCUGAUGCACCACUCAUUAUAGAUGAGUGGAUAGAGUCCGGCACUGAUUCUAAGGCAGCUGAACAGAGAGAAACUGAAACAGCACUUGAUGAUUCAUAUGCUUUAGAUGAACUAUCAGACAGCAGCUCUGGAGCAGCAAGUUCUGAAGAAGAAAUGGAAGGAAUUGUAGGAGCUACAAUGGUGAGUGACACGUCUGCAGAGGACAAAAUGACAGAUGAUGAUAGCCAUCAAAGUUCAGUAACUCGCAAGGAAGGUAUUGUGCUAGAAAGUACACCAAUUGAAGAUGGUGGAGAUUAUUCAGCAAUAGUAGUUCAAGAGCAACGCUCAAUAAGACAAUUGGCAGCUUCCCAGAUAGUUGACUCUUACUUAGAUGAGCCUACAGAAGAGGAAUGCAAUGCAGAGAAUGCGAAUACCAAUAUUGAUAACACGAACAAGAAUUAUGAUCCAGUCCUUCGCAUGGAUUUAAAAGGAGGCACUGCAAUUAUAGAUCAUAUUUCAAAUUGUAUGAGAUUCAGUUCUGGAGCUGUAAAUUGGGUAGAAAGUCCUUCCAAGAAACCCAAGAGACCAUCACCUGAAGGUCGAAGAAGUACCACGAAUAAAAGGCCCCGAUAUGAUGAAGAAUCUGGCAAGUCCUCAGGAGCUCAGAGUAGUUUGAGUGGAGGAAAAGAUGUAGUUCAAAACACUUGUGACCGAGUACCAUCUACCACACAGGGUCAAGGUAGACUUCAUAUACAAAGAUUCACCAGUGUUGAGAAAGUCGAUGGUCAUUCUAAGCUUAUCAAGAUAGUGACUGAUCCUGAACAUGACUAUUCCUCUGUAUCACUUGCAUCAACCACAUCAGCCAAGGCACCUACCAGUGCAAGCAGUGUUCCAUGUGCAUCAACACGAUUGUUUCUUCCACCUACCAGUAGAAGCUCUGUUCCAAAUGCCUCGACACGAUUGGUUCCUCCAUCAACUAAUGUCAGCCCUGUUCCAAUCAAUUCAGUACGACCAAUGCCCAAACUGACCACCAUAAACACUACACCAAUUGCAUCAACACAGUUUUUUCUGAACCGUCAAAAUGCUGUUUCAAGGGCACCAGUGCAGUCAUUUCCUGUGCAGACGAGUGUAAGCACUGUGCCAGUUGCAUCAAUGCCCCCACUAACCAGUUUAAGUACUGUACCAACUGAAUCAACAAGAUUUGGGUCUUUAAAUCCAGCAGUAAGAUUGAUUCUUCCUCCAACCCAAGAAAAUGCUGUUCCAAUGGCACCAAUGCAGUCAAUUCCUCUACAGACAAGCGCAAGCACUGUUCCAGCUGCACCAACUGGAUGUUCUUCUGCACCACAGCCAUUUACAUACAGUUAUAUGAAUAUGCCACCAGCCCAACCACCCGUGAGGUUUCAGGCAGCACCAAUCAUUGUAAAUCAAAAGCAGCCAGUAGCAAAUCCACAUUGUCCAGGAAUUCUUCACCUUCAGUAUAAUCAAUUACCCCCUUCUCAAAGAGAUCAGGUUUUAAGACCAUCCUUCACUUUAUUGCAGAAUUGCCAAGCCAAGGAAGGAAAACAAUGCAUUCAACAAACAUCUGCUACAAAACCCAAUCCUCCUGCAACUAUCUCGAAUCCACGGCCAUCUGUUCAAAGUGCAUUUUUGCAAUAUCAACAAGCAGCUCAUUCAACAAUCCUUUGUCCAUCCAAGAAUAAACCAAAUGACCCACAUCCUGCCACCAGCUCCUGCCAAUUUAGAGAAUGCUCGCCUAGUAAUGAUAAGAAGGCAACAACUACAGUGAAUUCAGGACGGGCUCCCCAGCACCCCAAGACGUCGGUGAAUCCAUCAGGUUCAUCUCCUUCUGCAUCCUCUCUGGACACAACUCCGAAAAACCAACAGCAUUCCAUGAGAGUUGAAUUUACAUCAGUCAAAAUAGCAGUGCCAACUACCAUGCCAGCAUGGGUGCUUGUGAAUCCACACCUGUUAACCACAAGUUCAUCUUCACUUAAUCCAGUAGUUAAUUCACCUCAAUCUCUCCAUCCACACGUUGCAUCACAGGUUUUUAGAGAAGUUAGUACUGUUGCCAAUGCUGAAGUCCAUAAUUGUGUGACUCAGUUGGAUUCUUGUGAGUCCUCUGUUCCAAGAGAAGUUAGUAUUGCUGCCACUCCUCAAGUACAUAACCAUGUGACUCAGUUGGGUUCUAGUGAGUCCCCUGUUCCAAGAGAAGUUCAUACUGCUGUAGUCCAUAAUCAUGUGACUCAGUUGGAUUCGUGUGAGUCCCCUGUUCCAAGAGAAGUUCGUACUGCUGUAGUCCAUAAUCGUGUGACUCAGUUGGAUUUGUGUGAGUCCCCUGUUCCAAGAGAAGUUAAUACUGCUGCCACUUCUGAAGUACAUAACCAUGUGACUCAGUUUGAUUCGUGUGAGUCCCCUGUGAUUCUUGAACGAGCCAACAUCAACAAAGAGGGUAUGAAACGGCCAUGUGAGGAUGUUACAGGAGACCAAAGCAAGAGGUCACGGAUAAUGAAUGAGGGGGAAAUGCUUGUGGAAAGACUGCAAAAAGUAUCUGCACAUAGACUCUAUGUGGUCUUGGAAGUACUUAAGUUUGUAACUUCUAAUCGCUUUGGUCCAUUGUACAAUCCAGCUGUACGUGAUCUGACACCCGAGGAGCUGCAUGCGUUUAGCGUGCUGUUUGCAGCAGUGUAUGGUUAUCGGAUUUGCAUUGAAGCUCAGAUCAAGAGAAUCCUCACUGAUGUAGCUGCUUUGACCAUCCACAAUAUCGGUGCUGAUGAGCCUAGGAGAGUACAAGAAGCAGUCAACUCCUUUAGUGAUGUUGGAUUGGCAAAGAGUGAGAAAUUAAAUAGGUUAUCUCAGGUCCUCUUCUCUGACUACGAACGUGCUUUCUGCAGUGCCACUGGUAAAGAGGGCUAUGCACCAUUCUGUAAGUCUAGGCUGUUCGUCCUACAGCAUGCCUACGCUAUUACAAUUGGAGAAAAUGUAUCAACUCCAAUGAGUGAAGGAGAGAGGAUAAGGGUCAUGAAACAUGUACUUGACUCUACAGCCAACCUUCUGAGGAUACAGAUGACCAAAGAAGGGAGUUACACAGACCCUCAACUAGUCAAAAUUUGGAUGAGUAAAGAGCAGGAAAGAGUCAGGACCAUUCUCUGCGAGAAGCAGAAGGAACUUGCUGAGCAAAGAAAACUUGCGGAAGAAGCUUCAGUCAGCUGGAACUACUUGAUGGAGAGUCAGUUGGGUUGCUACGUGAUGACUGCUUCAGAGUACGGAAUGUUGGAAGACAUACGCAACCCAGGAAACCAAGCGUUGUCUAAGAAGCAACAAGUGGAACAACUUCUUGAGACAAUCCUUUCUCCUGAUGAACUCCUGCUCAUUGCCAAAAAGACAGAAAUGCCAGAACUUUCAGGAGUUGGUGUUAAGUUAGCGUUCUUAAGACAAGCAUUCUUUGCCAUUUGCUACGGUGAAUCUUGCACAUUGACCGCUCCAAUUGCCAAAGUGGAAAGCGUGAAGGAGUGGCUCAUGGCUCGCGUACUCAUGAAUAAGAUUCUUGAAAGAAUCGAAGCAGAAUCUGCAACUCUCAGAUGUCUAAUGCUACCAACUGAGGUGAGGAUCAAAUCCCAUAGAAAGUUGAAGAGUGAGUUGAAGGAGAAUAUGAAGCAAGGGUACCCAAGUACAAGCAGGGCAUGCAAACAGGACAGCAUAAGAUCAGCACAAGGUAUUGAGAAAAGCCCCGGUUUUGAAACAAUGCUCCCAGAAAACCUGGGUGCAUAUGUUAUGAGUAAAGUGAUUGCAGUCCAUCUCGAUGUUGUGAAAGAAAUCGCUGAUAGAGGCAAGAGAGAAUCCAUCCUGCAGCAUAUACUCACCAAAAUCAUCACAGAAGAAGGCAAUGUUCAAAACCAGUCAGCUGACUCUAGAAGUGUAGCAAUGUAUCUUGCUGUUCUAAGACAGUGCAUUUUCAUUGUAUUUUCACAUGACACUCAUGAAGUGCAGUGUGGAAUUUGGAAAAGAUGUACAAAUCAUAUGGCAUCUCUGUUGGGCAGCUCCUCAGAAGUAUCAUCAAGCGGCAUUGUGAACAAUGUCAGAAUCAAAGAGGAAAAUGUCAGGGACAAUGCAUACUCAUUCCUGGGAUGUCCAUGCCGUAAGGAGGAACUUGGUGCAAUGGUGCUCAAUGCAGAUGAAGUUGCAGAAAUUAACCACAUUAGAGACAACAUCCAAGGGAGCUCUGAUUCUCAGGCCAGAGAAGUGGCUGUGAAUCAGCUUGUCAUGAAUCUCAUCAAUCAGGAGGACAUUUCAUCUGUUCCUGUGUGCCUUGCCCUCAGAAAGCUACCUUUGAAGAUUCUCAAGCUGACAAAAAUCAGAUCGUCCUACUUCAGCUUAUUUCCACUUUGCAACCCGGAAGCAGAAGAAAGCGAGUGGGCUCACUGUUGGUCAUCCUUAGCAAGAAGUGUUCAAAGUAUGAUGCUAAACAACAGAAGGUUUGUUUCACUGAUAUCUGUUCCUCGGACAUUUGUCAGUAAGAUGGACACAAGAGAUCAGAAUAAAACGGAUGAUUCUGAUGACGAUAGCUCACAGAGUGGAGGAAUGUCCAACUCGUCCUACUCUUCAUCUUCAGAAGAAAAAGAAAAAGGUGAUGAGGGAGAUGAGGAUAUUCCUCUUUUCAUUCAUACUGGUGCAGUGAUGUCUGAGGGUCAAAAGAUGUCUGAGAGUCCAAAGAGCUGGAAUUUGCAGAAGAGACGGGCUUGGCAGAAGACACGCACUGAUCGAUUGCCAACUACUUCAAGAGUAGCAGAAACCGAGAGCGGGGAAGAGGUGCCACUACCUCUAGGUACCCCUAUGUCACUUGGCAAAAUAGGAUCCCAUGUCAUGACAUCAAAGGAAGAGAAUUGGAAAAAGAAAUUGAAACAUACUUGCCAUAUACAACAGCUUACCAGGGAACAAGUAGUACAGCUAGUUGUGAAGGAACUGUACUCAAAAGAUGAUAUCAUCAACAUCCAUCAUCGGAAAAGAGCCAAGCAGACUGUUUUCUGCCCAUUGAAAAUGGCGAUUUUGCGACAGGUGUAUUUUGAGCUUUAUGAUAAUUGUACCGUGGAUCCUUUCCAGUUGUGGUGCCAAUGCUGGGCCCACCUAGCACGUGUUGUUGAUAAGAUCAGGCAAAUGGUUAGGAACACUUUACUUGGUAAAGUUGUUCUGACUGAAAAAUACAAAAGGCUAAAGAAACUUCAAAUCCGCAAGGAAAAGCUGCAACAGGAAUAUAGGAAAAGGCAUAUUAAGAGAACAUCUGAUUCACAACGGCAGGUUGGACGGCCAAAAAAAAGUAGAGUUAACACAGAUCAUCUACAUGCUUCUCAGUUGAAUAUGAACGUCACUCGUGCAAGCAAUGCCAACUCCAUCAUUGAAGACGAUGUGCCAUUCUUCACUAAAUCUGGAACUUCUGUUCCAGUUGUAAUAAAUGCAAGUGACAAAGUAUCUAGUGGACCUGUGAGCUGUGGAGACGAACGUGGACAACCAUAUACUUUGAUAACAGAAGAGGGAGAGACAGUGGCACUGGUUUAUGGAAGACCAGUGACCGAGUCAAAUCUUGGAGCAACUGUAAUGACACAGGAAGAAGGUAAUUGGACACAAACUCUGAAAGAAGCCUGCAGAGAGAGAAAUAUUGCUAAGGGUGAAGCAGUAGAGUUCAUAACACAGAACGUAUACACUGUACCCGAGAUCAGAAGAUUCCAUGAAAGGAGGAGACGGAAGCAGAGGGUGUUUGACAGGAUGAAAAUCGCCAUCAUUCGAAAAGUGUACUUCUCAAUCUUCCCCCCAGAAAGUGACGAAGCAGCUGAUAUAUUAUGGUGGAACUUCUGGGCUUACUUCACCAUAGCAUGUCAAAAUCUGGAAAAGAAUGGUAGAACGCUGCCACAUGCAAUAUCUGAGCUUCGUCCCGGCCAUAGAGUGAAAGCCACCCAGCAAAGGCCUCUCCUGCUGGAUAGGGCAAAACCUAAGAAACAGAAGCAUGCCAAUAAGAUUAGAAGUGGUGAUGUCAUUGGCCAAGCUAGUGAAUUACAGAGAAAGGGUAUCACAGAGAAGGGUGCAUUGUCUCAACCGAAUGCUAGUGGAAGUGGCACACAUCAUGAAUCACAGUUAACUUUACGUCCUCAGUUUAUGAGCUUGCUCCAGUGUUAUUCAUGGAAUCCAGACAUUCUUGUAAGAUUUCUUGCUGCAUACAUCUUCACCGAGGAUGAACUUCUUGGAUGUGCAAAGAACGUGAGAUCAUUAGAUUCAUUCAAGAUGAAAGUGUUUGAAACUGGAUACUCCCAGUUCUAUGAUCCUGCUGACUCUGCUGCAUCCUGCUGUUUAAUCAAUCACAUCCAAGAUCUGAAUGAAGCAACAGUCUCUGAUUAUUGGGGCAGACAGACACCACAGAAGAUACAAGUAAUGGUAGAGAAGUGUGCCAAACAAUGUGAGUACACAUUUAGUGCUGAAGAAACCAAUCAGGAACUGUGUCGGACAGAACCUGCCAGUACAAGUAUUGAGAAAUCAACAUUUUCAGCAGCAGAAAGGUCCAAGAUGUGCAGGGAAAUUCUUGAUGACGAACUUAAGAAUCUCCCACAGUACAAAUUUGAGAGAUGUGUCUACAUAGCCUGUAAGUUGAUGGAGAAAAUGUUUUCUCGGGAAGAACUGUUGACGGGUAAUACUGCUGGAACUCGAGGACUGUGUACCCUUGAUCCAAAGAGGCUUGCUGUUCUUAAAUGUACUACCUUUGCAAUUGCAGGUAUUGCCCCAUCAGCACAUCAGAGAACAUGGGAUAGAAUUCAUAAUGAUAUUGACCAAGCACUCAAGUACAAAGGUUCACACUUUGUGACAGAAGACAGAAAAGUUGAGAAGGAGCUUGAAUGUGCAACUGUUCUUAUCAGCUCAAAGUCCAGAAUUCAAGCACAGAAACAAGAUUCUGAAACUGGAUUUCAGAUGAUUUCGUGUACGACUCUUAUCAAAGGUGGGCUCCGCAGAGAUCUGUUGCUUUGUGCCGAGGACCAUUCAGAAGUUCUUAAGAAGUUGUUGAACCAUUUCAUACGCAAAGAUGAAGAUUAUGACCAAUUCCUCUACCGAGCUCCUAGUAAGAUGAAAUUGAUUAGAGCGGUAUACUGGAGCAUAUGCUCAAUAUCGAUAGACAAGCUAGGGGAGAGCUGGAUAGAGGCAAUGAAGACCAUCUCUUGCCUUGUAGAAAGUGGGAAACUGUAUGAGAAGCCUAUAAGAAGUAAUGAUGAACUGGAAGAAAGUGAGAGCACCAAGUCUGGAGAUGAGUCUACACAGCUGCAAGACAAGACUAAUCCAUCAAAAUACAUGUAUGCUCAGCAAGAAGCUGAGAGCAAGCUGAGACAGCUAAGAUCGAUAGGAGAUGUAAAAGAAACAUCCAUUCGCUUAAUGAAAUGCUACAAGUGGAGCAAGGAAGUUGUUGUGAGAUUGUUGAUUCAACGAAUCUUGACUGAAACCGAGAUUGACAAUGUAGCAAAGAAUAUGGAACUGCAUGAGAAGAAAAGGAUAGAAAUUGAAGCUGUCUUCUCCCAGGUGUAUGGUGAAGAAGAAAAGGACCAAUGCUGGACACUAAUCAAGCAAAUCAUUGAAGAUGUGUGUAAGGAAAACAGAAGCUCACUUUGCAAUGUAUGGACUAGGAAAUCAAAGAAGACAGCUGUUGAAGAAGCUGCUCAUGCAACUUUGUAUAAGAAUAACGAGUCCAAGACAGAAUCUCAAAGAUCAGCAGAUCUUGAUUGUGACGCAUUCAUUCAAGAAGAAUUUCCAUGGCUUCCAUCUGGUGAGGUUGGCAAGUGCUUGUUCAUCUCAGAUCACAUGAGAAAGAGCUUCUUUAGCACCGAAGAACUUGCCUUCGGUAGUUGUUCUGGCACUCCUGGAUGGCUGCAGCUUGAUCCAAUAAGGAUGGAUGUCUUGAAGCAUGUUGUCUUUACAGUUGCAUCAGUCCCUGAACACAAAGAGGAGAAGCUGUGGCAAAUGUGCAGCAACACGAUUGACAAGAAGAACAGGAAGUUGAGGCAGCAAAUUCUACAAGAAGACGAGAAAGUAGAAACAUUGAUCCAUACCAGUCCUAGUGCCCUAGAGGAACAGAUAACAGACGAUGCCAGAGGUCAUGUCAUGGAGAGUAAGGACAAUGCAGUCACUGUGAUUCGAAGCUUGGUUCAGCAGCUAUUCAACCCAGAGGAUCUUAUGGGAGAUGCGGAUGAAAUGACACCUUCUCAGAUGAAACUACUUCAAGCGCUUUUCUUCAAAAUCCACGAAGUAGUGCCUACUGAAAAAGAGAAAGCUUGGAAUCAAGCAAUGAGAACAAUCAACUACCUGAACAAGAUAUCAGGUUACACUUUCAAAAGUGGAGAUGAUGGAGAUAGUUCUGGCUCAUUUAUCAGUGACAAAGAGGACGACUGGACAGGAGGAAUGGAUGAUUAUCCAGAAGGCGGAGAAUCAUCAGACGAGGACAUGGCUCCUGAACCUACGGAAAGAGUCUUCCCCAAGAAGGAGAAAGCACCUUCUGAACCAAUCAGUGGAAAAAAUACAUCAUGUGAGACAACAUCCAAGUCAGCAGGCCAAACUACACCCAUAAUAGACUCCGUGACAUCAAGAAUCUCUGAAAAUGAUGUCGGACAAUGCAGUGGGACAAGUAGCAGGGAAGACAAAAUGAAACAAGUUGAUGACAUCACAGUAGACUCCCUGGAUUGGUACAUCCUAAGACCAGGUCUGGUACAACUGUACAAACAUUUGACGGCAUACAAGCUUGAAGAAGAUGAAAUAGUAGAUGAACUGAUAAUGCACAUUUUUGGAGCAAAACUGCUUGAUGGCCAGAGUGCAGCAUUGUCACUUGAUGAAAGCAUUGAGAUGUUGAAGAGUGCAUUCUUCCUCCUAUAUGAUGUACCAGGAAAUGAACAAGCAGCUGCUAAUGAUCUGCUAGAGGAACGGCUAAUGCAUACUCUAAUGAUCUUGGGACAACAGUUAACCCAGAUUAUGGAUGAAACAUUGGUUGAGAAUGAGACAACAGUGAAGGUUCUCAACAAACCCAAACCAUACCCACCAAUGUCUGACUUGGAAGGAAAGGUGAAGAAAAUGAGAUCUCUCUUGAUGGAGGCAUUCAGAGCUGAUGAAAGAGUCGAAAUGGACAGUGCAAAGUUGAAGAAAUUAAGAGGAAGCAAAGUAGAUGCAGUGAUAAAUGCUUUUCAGAAAUCAUUCCCUUCUCAAGAAAGCAUGGAAAGGAAAAUUGUGAUGACUUUGAUCUACAACUUGACGGUGGAACUACAGGAACUUGUCACAGAGAAGCUGAGAUACAAAGUGGACAGUUUAACUAAUGCAUAUGUUCAAAGGGCUGUGUCUGCAUUGGAGGCAAAGGCAAAGGAGCAAGCAACCUCGACCUCAUCCGCCACACCUUUUUUUCAAGCUGUGAUACAGGAGCUGGUAUGCGUCCAAAGAGCAGUUGGUGUAGUUCCAAUGGUCAGAGUUCUCCUCAGAUAUCUCUUCACACCAGAAGAGCUUGUUGUGCUUCAGCAAUCAGAUAUGACACAACUUCCUCCAUCAUUACAAGCUCAAAUGAAUCUAAUGCAGAGAACCUUCUUCAAAGUAAUAAAGACUCCUUCAAGUGAGAGAGAAAAUGCGUGGUCAUGCAUCCAGUGGAUAAUUGCCAAAGAAGUCCAGGAUUGCAAGUCAUCAGAUGAAGAGAGCAACAAGAAGAAGGUUAAGAGUGAGACGUUCGUACCUGUGUACCAUCGCUGUGCUGUAAUGAAAUGUGUAAUGGGAAUCAUUCUUCCUUUGGAGGAACAAUCCCAAUUCCAUGCAGAUCCACAAGGAUUUGAGACGAGCCAUCCAGACAAAAUCAAGGAGAUGAAAAACUUGUACUUCCUGAUCAGAAACAUACAGGAACAUGCAAAAGAAGAAGAAUGGGAGCUUGUGUGUACUCCAAAGAAGAAUUACGAGGUAGCACAGCAGUUGUCAUUUCCGAAUAAAAGCAACAGAGAACACAAAGUAACAGGCCUUGGGACUUCCAAGAACACUGUCACAUCUACAACUCUUGAAGACAAAAGUAAUAUCAAAAUAUCAGCUGGUGUUGGAGGGAAAAAACAAGUCCAGGAGCCUAAGAGUGUGAAAAUGCAAACACAGAAGCCUCAGAAAAUGGCAGAUGUAAUGCAUAUGGAUGGUGAAAAACCAAUAGGUAUUAGACAGUCUAAAGUUAAAACAAGAAGUAAAUCAAAAGGAGUAUCAGAGAAUUACAUCAGUCUUCUAGGUGGUAAGAAGGACAAGUCAGUGCAGCCGACGACUGACCAACGGACAGAUUCGACAAAUCCACCUCCCACAAGUCCUAAAGCCACAGUCAAAGCACUCCAGCAUAAGAAGACCAUAGUUGUGCUUGUGGAUUAUAGCAUUUGUGACAGAGUCUGUAAAAUAAUGGCUGAUGAGGAAUCUAAGAAGAAUGAAAAUGUUAGAACUGUCAGUGACAAAGAGAGGAAAAGUGAGACAAGUCCCAGUAGUAGUUCCACUACUAACACAAGCCAAACACAAAUUGGAGAUGAUGAUACAAGGGCCAAGGUGGAAAGCAGUGUCAAAAACUCAAUAGAUAGUGAAAACUCUGACAGGGUCGCAUCUAAUUCUUCCCCUGAAAAGAAUCCCUUGGAGACUGCAGAAGCAACAUCUGUCAAGGAUGGUCAGGAUCAAGAUCUCUCAAUAACAGACUUCACAGUUCAUGAGUCAAACCUGAAUGGGACUGCAAUACAAAACAGUUUUGUUGAGGAAAACACAGGCACAAGGAGAAGCAAAGAUGUUGACCAGAUCGAAUUAGCAGUCGACCUCCUUAAGAGUGCUGUGGAAAACAUUCCAUCUAGAUCUGAUCUCCACGACGAUGCAUCUCAUCACUCAAGAGAGGACGGAGAGUUACCUUCAAAUGAGGAAGUAAAGAAAGAAGAAAGCUCAACACUUGUUGAUGGACAGGCCACAAGCAAUAAUCCUUUGUCUCCUCAAGCUGAUAGCCCAAAUGCAAGUUCAAACAAGGGUAUUAGUCUUGAAAGCAAUGCUGUCAUCAGCGAAGGUGAGAAAUCAAUGAAGACAAACGUUCUCUCUGCUGCCCCCAGUGUCCCUGAUGAUGAUGAUGACAUCUUGGGAAAAGGGAAUGAAGAUGAUGCAUCCUCUGAUUUAGAUGAUGACUUGCUUGGAGCUAAUUCAGACAGAGAACUCCAGAUUGAUGAAUGCUCAGGGACUCAAACUGCUUCUUCAAAUGACUCUCAGAUGAAUGAACAGUCAAUGUUGGACUCCGGGAAAGAUCCCAAAGUUGUAGCUGAUGUUACUGCACAUUUUCUAAGUCCUUCUGUGGACACUCCAGGUACAUGUGGUAUUGUCACCUCAGCAUGCAAAGAUUUUAGUUUUGUUAAUCUUUCAUCUGAUGACGUCAUCGAAGAGAACUGCAAUCAAUGUCCAACAGAUAUAAGCAAAGACUCCCCAAGUAACAUGGUGAAUGAACACUCUGGUAGAACUAAUGUUAGAAGUGAUGACUGUUUGUCUCCUAACACAUGCCUUGCACAGAAGGAUGAAGGAGGAGCAACCAUGGAAGUAAAAUCCCAAGUAGCAGAUGGUGAAACAGAGGAUGAACAGGAAACUGAAAUGAUGCCUGCUUUAGGAAGUAAUGGUCCUCAACCUCCCCCUAGCUCAAGUGCAGAUAUACUACUCUGGGCAUCUGAGGUCAAGAAUCAACCCAAAGAGAAAUCUAAUGUAGGAAAUGAUGAGAUGAAGGGAGAUCCUGAACAUCAGAGCGAUUCUAACCCUGAAUCAAACGUAGAUAUACUCUCAUGGGCAACUCAAGUUAAGGUAUCAUCAGACUCUACAUCGUGAGAGUACCAUGUGAACAUGUAACUUACAACAGCUUGUGCUAUCAGUCCUUAAUUUCUCACAACCGCAUAUAGGUAUAUACAUUCCCAUGAUGCAGUGAUCGUCCUAUACCUCAGCGAUUUUUAUAUUUAUUUUUGAGACACCCUAACUUCCAGUGAUCCUAACACACGUAGUCCACUAUUAUACGAUAUGCAAAUAAUUCAUUAUCUGAAAUUCUUAAUCUUGCUUGCUAAAUACAAAUUUUGAAAAAUACACAAGCAGUAAGUAAUUUUGUAAUUAAAGUAACAUACCAGCAUUGGCAAAUGCUAGCGCUUAAAGAAAUUCUCUUGGAGAAACCUGGCACGCUGCAACACAAGUGGCUUCUUUUUCCAAUAAUGUUGGUAAUUAUUAAGAAUUUCCCGUAAUAGAUAGCAGGGUCACUUAUUUGAAGAUCAGAAGGUCUGCCUUUUCAAAUAUUGUUACAUCAUUAGAGAUUUAAGCAAAACUACAUUUUCUCAUUCUUAGUCGUAUUGACAGUGAGAUGUGAGUCCAAAACUUUGUGGCCCUUUCUAACCAGAAGUUCAUGCGACUAGAAAAUCCCAGCAAAUUUACUAGUAAAAUUAGAGUACCAUUUUAUACGUUGGAUUGUCGCCAGCCUUAUGCGGUAGGGAGAAUAGGCAGCUUUUGUAUGGACAUUGAAGUUGCAUGGUACAAAAACAAAAUGAACUUCAUUGUAAGCAAACGCACCACCCCCACCCCCAUCCCCUUAAUUUAUACAACAUUUUUAUUCACCGAUCUUUUCCUUAGAAUUGUGUAUUAUGUUACUAAGGACUAAUGUAUUCUCUUUUUAUUGGAAUUGUUCUUGAUGUAAUUAUGACAUGGUACAUUGGAACUCUAAAAAAUAAUGAUAACAAAGUCGAUUUAACAAGCCAAUUUUGUUGGUCUAACUGCAGUAUAUUCCAGUAUUUGUAGUCCAUUUACUAUAAUGGUGUAAUUUUCCUGGUGCAAAGGGGUUUGCUUUUACAAGGUAUAUAAAUUUACUAAUCAUUAAUAUGAAAAGGUAAUAGCACAAUGUGUAUAUAUGUCUAUGUCUAUCUUUUUUUUUUCUAGGAUAAUUGUUUACAUACAAAUUUUAGCUCAUUGUUCAUGAAUUUCAUUAAGGAAUCAUAAUUUUAUUGUGAUGAUCUUGUGUUGGGUUAUUGGCAUACAAAGUACAAAAGGCAAACAUUGCUCAUUUUAAAUUGUAAUGUAUUUUUACACCAAAUCGCUUAGGUACUGUGGCAUCUUGUGUUGAUGUCAACCGUCGAGCAUAUUUAAUACAGUCUUCCAAUGUGAAUAUAGUUCACAUCGUUAGUGUCACAUAUGACUAUGAAAUUGUACCAAAGAUGGAUGAAUUUAAGUUACAUGUUUUGCAAACAGUUACUAGAUUUCAUGCCAAUUUAGUUUUUUCCAAGUAAAGUUUCUUAUAGAUUUGACAAAAAAACAGUGGUAGUCACUGUAUUAAUGAUUUUAAAAGUUUAAACAUCAGUAUUAUCACAUUGUAUUUAUGUAUUUUAUAAGUUCUUAAUUUCUGCCCUUAAAUUCACAUUUUGUAUUACUGUAUUAUUAUGAAGGCCACUGUGCUGUAGUUUUAUUGAACAUAGUUGAUUUUUAUAUGAGAUACAGUCUGCCUCUGAUUGAAUACGCAUGUUUGUAUAUAUAUUUUUCAAAAAGUAACAGCUGUGAUUGUGGGAACUAAUAUUAUUUUGAGAUAUCAUCGCUGUUCUCACCUGAAAAAUAUGGUCUGAAGUAGCAUUGCCGAAGACGAUAUCGCGAACUAAUAGAGAAAUUACAUUUUGGAUCAUUAAGUGUUUAGAAUAAUCAACUCUGCAAGACAAUUUGUAGAUUAAUGAAUAUUCCUGGGUCUAGUAAAAUAUAUGUGCUGUAAUAGGAGAGACCUAAACAUCUUCUUUAACCACAUAACUGGACAUAAUGUGAACUCGAAUGUUUGAGCACUUAUUUGCGCUAUCUGCUAGUAAACAAAUUCUAUGUUUACAUGCUAAUUUACCAUCAUAUUGUACAUUGAUGAAGGGGUUUUAUUUUGAAAGUAAAAUCGUAUGGGUGACUAAGAAUCAUAAGCUGUAUUGUUAUUAAAUAAUCAUUAUCCUUCAACAGUGGAUGGAUUAAAGAACAUCUCCAUUCCUCCGUGCAAGAAAAAGUGAUACAUAUAUAUUACUAUAAGUAUAUCUGAUAAUUUGUAUGCUAUCUGUUGUUUUUAAGAUGUAUUCUCAGCAAUUUAUCAAGUUACAGAGAGUGUUCCAGACUCCAGAGAUAAAAGGAGAGGUUGAUUGAAAUGCAUGUAUUCUUUGACCCUUAUAGUUGUUUUAAGAUUUUGACAUUUUAUAAAAGCAUAUUGUGUUAAUUAUAGUACGGUAUAAAUAAUGUAAGUGAGUACACAUGGUGAGCUUUUCCAUCUGGAGUGGUUGUUUUUGAAGGAUUUAUAUCGGGUUGUAACAAUCACUUGCCAAAAUGACUGUUUAAAGCUGUUUGAGGAGACUUAAAGUUUGUAUGGUACUACUUCAGAUUUACGUACACUGCCAUCUGCUGCUCACAAUGACCUGAUGUGUUGACAGUCGUGUCCCACAAUGCAUCAUCAACUGCAUGAAGCACACAUGAUGAUACUGGAGUACAGGAAUUGGAAAUCGCUCUAUGGAGGCCUUUGCCUAAAGAUGGCGCAUUUGAAAUAUAUUACAGCAGUGGUAGCAAUGUUUCUAGAAUACCCUGCUAAUUAAAAGCCAUACCGACUGUAAGGCUUUGGAAUGCAAUUUGAUUUUGGACACAUGCAGCAUUCUUAUUAUAAAUAAUUUUCAUCAGUAUUGAAUUAGUUUGAUUGUGUAUGCAGACAAGUAAGUUGUACUCUAUUCAUCAGAAAAAAUAAUUCUGGUAUGAUGCUCAAAUUGUAAUUACAUGUGAUGUGUAUUUCUUUAAUCAUGAUUGAUAUUAUUAGAAAGUACAUCAUGGUGUAAUUGGGAGAAGCCUUUAGCAAAUUUAGCUUUACACUGCUGCAUUUAAAUCAUAUCUGACGUUAAAGAUUGCAAAAACAAUUACCAUAAAAUGGAAUUAUGAUAUAAAUGUCCAUAAGGUUUACAACAAACAUAAUGUACUUCAAUGUAAACGGAUUCUUUUUUCCUCAAGUGCAGUGACCUUCGCAAUGUGUUGAAACCUGAUUUUAAAUAAAUGAUAAAUGUAAUGCAGUGAUUAUCCUGGCAGACAAAGUUAUGUAGCUUAUGACAUUUUCAAGAUGUGCAUGUAUUGGAUAGUGAUGUCUAGGUGUAGAAGUUUUGUGUACCAUGUACCAUUUAUGCUUUAUAUGUUGUUAAAAAGAAGGAAAUAUAUAUAUAAAUAUAUAUAUUCACAGACUCUUAAUAUGACAUGCACAAAUUUGUUUUUGUUUUAGCACAAGUGUUCACUACUUUUAUCUUUGUACAUUUAGUUUACAUGUAUGCCUAUUGAACUGAAGAGGGAGAAUUUUGUAUUAUAUUUUGUGUUAUCGAACAAGAGACUUGUGUUCAUUGCAUUAUUGCCACUUUUUACUGUAAAAUUACAGUACAUGUAUAAAGUUCAUGUCUAAUAUGAACAUGGUUGUUGUAAAUAUGUUUUAAAAAGGAUGUUCAUAGUUUAUUUCUUUGUUUCUGGAGUUAUGUUUGAAGCUUACAUGUUAUUAUGAGUGUAAAUAAUUAUGUUCUUUAUUGUCGUACGUGUAAAUUAGUGACAGACUUUUGUGUAAUGGUACUGCAUUGUUGUUGUUUUUAUGUUAAACUUGUGUAACUGACUUGGGUUAUGUUUUGAAUGAUGAGAUCUGCCUUUCCUAUUCUGAUUAACAACAUAUUAGGACUUCUACUCAUUACAUACCGGUAACUGUACAUACAAAUCAAUAUGAGAAAACUUUUGGCAGCUGUGAAACUUAAGAUAUGUUAUGUUAUGUAUCCCCUUAUUGCAACAAAAGGGAAAAUAGAAGUUUUGAACUAUUGAUAAUGUGUAAAUCACACAAUGAUCCAACAGGUUAUAUAUGUAAAUAUGUAUAUUUUCAUGCAGUGUGUAUGGAUGUUUUUGUCAUAGGAUCGGCACAUUCAUCUCAAAAGCUUUAUGUACUGAGUAAAAGCAUUUUGUAGUUGGAUUGCAUAAUAUUAUGUGGAAACAGAAAGGGCAGAUACAAUUAUGUUUCUUAUCAUCACACAGUUGGACAUAGAGACCAUGCGACUGUGAUGAAUUUUAAUGACAGAUUAUUUUUAUAUGCUUUGUUCUCGUCUUAAGAGUUUGAGGCUUUUUGUUAUUUGAACUGUAUGGAGUUUGGGUGAUCGUGAUACCCAAUACAUGUACAUAGUUCACCGAUCAUGCCAGAAAACUACUGAACAGACAAUGGUGAAUAUAUGUUAUUCAGAUGUUUUACCAGGAAACUCUUGUAUGUAUAGUGUGUAACGUUAAUCACAGCUUGUAUAAAUAAUUGUUCCAGCUUAUUUUGGAUACUAAAAACAUUUCCAUGAAACUAA